AUGUUCGAUUCAGAACGUCUGCAAAUCUUGGAGCACCGGUCGAGAUGGAACCCAGAGAAAGGGAGCAUAGGUUACAUUGAGGCAUGGGACGACGGCCUUUCCAACAAUGUCUACCUAAAGUCUGGAUUUUUGGAAGAUUCCGAGGUGGCAGAAUGGCUUCAUCAAACGGGUAGAUUCGUGCCUCCAGACUGGCAGCGUGAGGGAACCGCGCGAGUCCGGCUGCUGCUCUGUGAACGCAUCGAAUUCCGGCCUCUAUGGUUUGCCAUGAGCCGUGAAUCAUUCCUGCAAGUGGAAGAAACGCUCGGGCUGCCCUCUACAUCUUUGGCGAUAUUGGCUUGGGCCGGUGGGAAGCAACACUCUCAUCUGACCUUCACGCAAGAUAAGGGCGUUCGGUCGUUGGAGUCACUCGUUCUCACUAUGAAGCAACCUCAAAUGUUCCAACUCGGCAAUCUGGGCAUGACCGGUCGGCUGGUGAAAAGGACCGUCGAAGACAUCCGCAUCACCACAAACAUGAACCGCAUGAUCACGGACGAGAAGGCGCGGAUUAAUACGACGGCGCUCCUGAGCACCACACUCGAGGAUGUUGUGAACAUGUUGAGGACGCUAGAGUGGGACGAAGAAUAUAUCAAGUUCCUCCUCCGGGUUAACGAGGACGUCAGGAGGCAUCACGGCGGAGUGUCGUCAGAGGCGGACCUGGAGCUUUGUGGCCUCAUUGAGCUACUCGAAGCCGAGAGACGGUCUAUUGUGUCGUUCACGAGCACUAUGAGGUCUAGGCUGGACAUCCAGUUCAACGUGCUCUACAACUUCAUCGCACAGGGGGGAAACAAUCUCAACAUGCAAAUCGCGGCGAAUGCUGGACUAGACAGCACAGCUAUGAAGCUAAUGGCAUUGGUGACGAUGCUUUUCCUUUCUCCGACUAGAAUUUUCAGUAUGUCAAUGUUCAACUGGCAAGUCUCAAACUCAUCAGACUCAACCGGCGGCGGCGAGCCCACAGUUGUGCCGCAGUUUUGGAUCUACUGGGCCGUCAGCCUACCUUUGACCGUUGCCAUCGUGAUCGGCUGGCCAGUGUGGUGGCAUUUCCAGAAGUCUUACUAUGAGACCAAGUUUUUGAGAUCAGAGAAGGAAAACGUAGUCUUCGAAGACAAGCGACACGAGAACGCCCAUGGCCCAAGGAGACGACGACCACGUCAGGGAGUAUGA